GUCAGCCUUCCUUAGCGACCUCGCGGCGGAGCGACUACCCCGGGCGCCGUCUGGAGCCACGGGCUUUAUGGAUGCGGGCUUCCCAGUGACGUCAUACCCAGAGACUUCCGGUCCCCGCUCUUGGGGUCGAGCUCUCAGGUGCCAGGGCUUCCGGCUUCCCCGUGCUCACCUGAGCGCUUCUAAUGUAGGGGCUGGCCUUCUGGGAGGACGGAGCAGGUGGGCCAGGUGUUGUGCCAGGUGGCGGGUUGUGAGGGCCCAGGUGGCGCGAGGUAUGAGGGUCUGUGUUUGAAGACUUAGAUCAGACCUUAUGUGUGCCUUUCUCCUACCCAGCGCGCAUUCGUUGAACAACUACUCAGUGCAAGGUCCUGUAAUUAGCUUGGGGUAAGUUGACACGGUCUCAGCUGGCAUAAGCUUUACAAGACAGACUUCUAAAGAAACAAGGACUAUACAGGACACGGUGCUGAGAUAUGGCCAAGACUGGGGUGAAGUGAGUCAGGCCCAAAAUGCAAGGGGAUGCCCCAAAACGCCGCAAUCAAGAUACAUUUUAAUGCAGUAUCUUCAAAAAUCAAAGUUAAUGCAAAAAAAUCCACCAUGCUUGACAUACAUGUUGAAAAAAAUCUCACGAUUUUGUAACAGUAGCACGCUGAGCCAUGUUGGAGCCUGAGGCUGAAGGAGAAACUAGUAAUACUGAUCCUGCGACUUAAGUUAGCUAGAUACUGAAGGAUAUUGUUUGUAACUGGGCCUGAUACGCAAAGACAAGAUGAGAAGAGCCUCUGGUUAGGGUGAAACUGGCGAGUUAGGUUUCUCGAAGCAUGAAAACUUUCCUUACUCAAAACUAUGCCAGUUAAAAUGGACCCAUAAGCCAAAGUCUGAAAGAAGUUCCCGGAUUCUGAUUGUCAAAAAAGAAAACUGGAUCCGUAUCAUUGACCCUACACGCUUUAGUUAACUGAAGCCCAGUUCUUUCUGAUUUAUUAAUUAUGAAAUUAAGAAUAUUUUAAUGGCUUAAGACUUUUUACUUUGACCCCACAAAAUAAAUAUUCUGUAUUGUAAGAUGAUGACUAUUAAUUCUCACAAUGUCAAAGUCAACAGAAGCAUUAUACUAGUGUGUCAGUAAUGGACUUUGACUGAUUUCCCUUUAGAAUCACCAGCACCUCCGUUUGUAUCCAAAGAUCAAACUCCAUGAAACUAUUGAAUUUGUGCCUUGUAACACACAGGGAAAGCAAAAGAGAAGGGAAAAGCACCCAGCUCGUUGGUGUUGCCUGAGGAUUUAGGCAGUUCUUCAGACAGUCAUCAUGGGUAUCCGAGGACUAAUGAGCUUUGUGGAAGAUCACAGUAAUGAGUUCUUUAGUGAUUUGAAAUUGCGAGACACAAAAAUUAUCAUUGAUGGCUAUGCUCUCUUCCACCGGCUUUGCUUCAACUCCAACUUGGAGCUCCGGUGUGGAGGGGACUAUGAUUCUUUUGCAGAUGUUGUACAAAAGUUCUUUGAAUCACUGUUUGCUUGUAAUAUAUGUCCAUAUGUUGUGUUAGAUGGAGGAUGUGACAUUUCAGAUAAAAAGCUUACGACUCUGAAGGAUCGAGCUAAAGAGAAGAUUCAGGUGGCCCAUUCCCUUUCCAUUGGUGGGGGUGGGUAUGUCUGUCCUUUACUCAUCAGGGAAGUGUUCAUCCAGGUUUUGAUCAAGCUGCAGGUAUGUUUUGUCCAGUGCUUUUCAGAAGCAGAUCGGGACAUUAUGACACUUGCUAAUCAUUGGAAUUGCCCUGUGUUAUCAUCGGAUAGUGACUUUUGCAUUUUUGACCUGAAAACUGGGUUUUGCCCAUUGAAUAGCUUUCAGUGGAGAAACAUGAACACUAUUAAGGGCACACAAAACUACUAUAUCCCUGUCAAAUGCUUUUCCCUUGAUGCACUCUGCCAUUACUUCGGCAAUAUGAACAAAGCUCUACUCCCUCUCUUUGCGGUGCUGUGUGGAAAUGACCAUAUUAAUCUGCCCAUGAUAGAGAGAUUCUUAAGUCAAGUACGUCUUCCUCCUGGAGCUGCCAGUUGUAAAGGGAGGAGACACCAUCGAGUUCUGGGACUUCUGAAUUGGUUGUCUCACUUUGCUAACCCUACUGAAGCACUAGAUAAUGUUCUGAAAUAUCUCCCAAGAAAGGAUCAAGAAAAUGUUAAGGAGCUUCUCUGCUGUUCCAUGGAAGAAUACCAUCAGUCCCCGGUGAAGCUGCAGGAUUUCUUUCAGUGCGGUACUUAUGUCUGUCCUGAGGCCUUGAAUCUAGGUUUACCGGAAUGGGUACGAGUGGCUUUGUCCAAAGGCCAGCUAGCUCCUUUCAUCAGCGAUGCUUUGGUGCUUCGACGGACCUUUCUUCACACACAGGUAGAAAACAUGCAGCAACCCAAUGCCCACAGAAUAUCUCUGCCCAUCCGGCAGAUCAUUUAUGGGCUUCUUUUGAAUGCUUCUUCACAUCUGGAAAGCAUGUUCUGGAAUUCAUUGCCUCCUCAGACUUUCAGCGAAGUGGAAAGGAUUAACAAAAAUAUCAAAACAUCAAUUGUUGAUGCAGUAGCACUGCCCAAAGAUCAUUCUGACUUAAGCAAAUUGACUGAGCUCUCCUUGGGUAAGCGGCAGUUACUCCUGUUAGAAACGCUGAAGGUGAAACAGACCAUCCUGGACCCAGUCCCUGCUUUGUUGAAAUUGCCCAUUGCUGUCAGCUGCUACUGGUUGCAGAGCACAGAGGCCAAGGCAAAGCUGUAUCAUCUACAAGCUUUACUGCUGGGGAUGCUGAUGGGGCCCUUGCAUGCCAUGAUCAACAGCCCUGAUAAGGACCAUCUGCGGCGAGAGGAUGGUGCCAAGAUGUUGUAUGAAAAAUUGCAAAGAAUGAAGACGCGGCCUGGUACGAGACUGGAUUUAGACACAGCUCACGUCUUCUGUCAGUGGCAGAGCUGUCUGCAGAUGGGGAUGUAUCUCAAUCAGCUGCUGUCCACUCCUCUCCCAGAGCCAAACCUAACUUGUCUGUACAGCGGAAGCCUGGUGCAUGGACUAUGCCAACAACUUCUAACGUCAACCUCUGCAGAAAGUCUCCUGAGCAUGUGUCCUGAGGCAAAGCAACUUUAUGAACAUCUGUUCAAUGCCACAAGGUCAUUUGCCCCUGCUGAAUUAUUCCUACCAAAGGGUAAACUAAAUUCAAAAAAAAAAAGGCAAAAGAAACAAGGUACCAACUGGUCAAAGAACAGAGUGGGAACCAUCUCCAACACGAGAUGUUGGUAUGAGGGAAGCAAUCGAUUUGGGCCAUUAAUGGUUGAAAACGUGGAGGAAAUUGAGGCCUCGGAGCUUGAAUAAACUGUCUGAAACCAGAUAUAUAGCUCUCACUUAAAAUUUUUCUGCUACCUACCUUAAAAUGAUUAUCUUUUUUCUUUAGAACUAACCUGUUAGGGGAUAAACAUUGCAAUUAAGUAAUCUUUGAUUCCAAGGUAUUUUGUAUUCUUUUAAUAAAUACAACCUGAUUUGAGAAACUUCUGUAUUCUUUACACACAUUUGAAAGCAUAUUUGUACUUCUCAUGUUCCAUUUCAGUAAGUUACUAAUAAUAGUCUAUAGCCUUUAAAUUGCAGCAACUAGUCAGCUAUGUUUUCUAAAUUGCAGCAACUAGUCAGCUAUGUUUUCAGUUAUUUCAAGCAGCAGCUGGGUUAUCGUUUUUUUUUUUAAAAUCUUUAUACAACUGUUUCCUCUUCAUUCUUUAUUGUGAAAGGUCUGACUUGGAAGAUAGAAGUUAGGAUACCAGACAGAAAACUAUAUACCUUUAAGUACUUAGUAAAUGAGACCAUGGCUGGGUUGAUUAGCUCUUUAGAUAUGCCCCAGGUUUUAAAACAGAAGUUGAAACUCUAAAGGCCCCAACAAAAUAAGAAACAGAAUCCUGAGCUGUUUCCUGAGGAGGAGGAAACACCAGGAAGAAAUUAUUGGAUAUAUGCGGCAAUACCGGAACCUAGGCCAUUUCUCAUACUGCAGGUUUGACCCAUUAAUGGGAUGUGAAAUUAAUGAGUCAUAACCAGCAUUUUUAAUGAAAAAUAUCAGAUAUGUAUAUUAUAUAUUAGAUGGUUGUGCAAAAUGUAUUUCUUCCUGUGGAUUUGCAGUCAGAAGACUGAAAGACAUACCUGGAACACACUAGAGGCAGAUAAAAUUACAAAUACCAACAGAAUUGCGAAAGUACUGGCCAGUUCCAAAUAAAGAACUUGAAAAUAAAAGAGCAAGUGGAAUGAAUACAUUUGGGCAAGAUCUGAAAGUAUAUUCUUAACUUCAUUUCAUUUGCAUUCAUACCAAUUGUGUUCUUCCUUUCUUCUCUCCUUUCUCACUGGUAUAUUCCACGUGUAAUAACCCUAAAUGUGGUUUCAAGCUGCCAGGUUGAACAGGCUUAUGUUCAGUUACUAAAAUCUGGUAAAUAAUUCUCUCCACCUUCCUAGUAGUACCAUACUCUUAGAGGAGUAAGUACAGCAUCAGCCAAUGUUACACACCUCCCAAGUAUUCACUGGCUUCAGCCAGUUACAAAAAGAGAAAACACAAUCUCAUUUGCUCCUAAAGUUUUCAACCCUAAACACUGGCUUCUGUUUCAAGUAAAAGCUCUUGAAAUAAGGAAAUUUUUGUUUAAUUAUUUUAGAAAGAGUGCAUGAGGCUCCUUAGUAAGGAUGUUUUUAUGUCUCUAAGAAAUAGUUAUUCCCAGAAGAAUCAAGAACAGCAGUCAUACGCAUCUAUUUUUGAGUAGAUACGUAUUUUUCCAGCAAAUAGUGGAUCUAAUAUGGAUUAUAAGUAUGUGAGACUUCGUUAUAUCAAAAAUCUCUUUUCCUUCAUUCGUGGAGUUGAGGGCCAAUUAUAACAAUGUAAGUGUCCUACUUUCUGACUCAUCAACUGUGCUUUUUAAAACCAUCAAUCUUGCAUGGAAAGCCAUUCAUUCCCACUUCCACUUUGACAAAUAACUGGUUUGACAGGCACCAAACUGAAGAGUGUAUGGAGCUACAGAGUUUAAUUAAAAGUCAACUGAGUUAUAUCAAUCAUUUUUUUCUUUUAUUAAAAAGUUUUUCAAGCAAAGGCCCUCCUUCAGUAGAAUAAAACAUCAGGUUCCCUUCUCUAGCCAUUGCAAUCAGGGCAAUUCACUUGAAAUUACUCAGCCUUGCAGUAAAGGGGAUAAAAUCUAGUAACGUGCAUUAACUCUUCCUCUGUGUGAGAAUUCAGGCAAGUUACCUACCCCGGUAUGUAUCCUGUCCUGUAUGUAUUAAAUGAGGUCAUAAAUAUUCCACAGGAUAUCUGAGGGGGGUUACCAAAGAAAUAUGACCUAGUUCCUCACCCUCACAGGACAUAGUGUGUAAGCUGUUUAGAGAGACAACACACAAUGAAAUAAGAGAAUAUUUUAUGAAGCAAUCUGUCCGGUGCAAAAUUACCAAGUGCAGACUGAAUGCUCCAGUGAGACAGCAGUCACCAGGAUGAGGAGAGGUCAAAUCAGGGUUUCCAGGCCUGGCUUUUGAGCUUGGCUUUAAGAGACAGAUGUGAUUCAGGGGAGGUGCAGGAAGCAACGGGAGCACCUGGGCUGAAGCGGAUUCCAUCCCGUAUUCCAUUUGUAAAAUGUUUCCUGUUUUUAAUCAAGUCUUUAGGUCUUGCUCUUUCUGACUGAGUUCUAGCUAAUGAAAUCUCACCUGAGGCUUUGGAAACGUAUGUCAUCAAAAAGCAGUUUAAGUAACAAAACUCUGGAUUGCUAAAAUGAAUAAAUUUUAGAAAUGAAGUUGGAGAAAAAACAAUGUAACCAAUCAUAUUCAGUGUUGUGAUAAAAUUAUACUUGAACUUUAUUUUUACAAGCCUUUUUUGAGAUACCUGGACUUACAAAGUUGUGUGUCCGUGUGUGUGUGUGUGUGUCCUGUAAAUAUAAACUAAAGGCAUUUUAUGAUAAUUGACCAUGAGAAAAAGAAUUCAAAUUAGAAGAUAGAAACCUCAAUAGCUAGAAAGGUCUUAGAAUUAUCUUUUCUUCCUUUGUGCACAAAAUAAAUGAAUCCAUGAUUAUGCCUCAAUUUACCCUAUCUGUAAAAUGGGGAUCCCAAUAGUUCAAAUUAUUGUCUAAGGAUGAAAUGACAUGUACUU